UCAGGCGUCUGCUGUUUCCUACGGAGGUGAAUGGAGAUUGCUCGCGCGAGUCUUUCCCGUCCAGGGCUUUUGCUCACCACCAACAGAGACUCCUUCGCUUCCCAGCCAAUAGAUUCCAGCUGUGUUGUUCAAAUUCUUCUGGAGAGGCUGUGGGAGCUCACGACUGAAGUCUGCGCGUAGUUUACUCCCAUCCCAGUCACUGCAGGAUUUGUAGAGUAGCAAAUAUGCUAAUGUUAAGUAAGACAGCAGGAGCUAUUCCCAAACCACCAAAGAGUAGAGUUUAUGGAUUUUUAAGAAGAUUUAAUCUUCAUCCCAGAACACUCUUUUGUCAUAAACUGGUCCUGGGGAUUGAAACCAGCUGCGAUGACACAGCAGCCGCUGUGGUGGAUGAAACUGGAAAUGUGCUGGGAGAAGCACUGCACUCCCAAACUGAAGUUCAUCUGAAAACAGGUGGGAUCGUUCCUCCAGUAGCUCAACAACUUCACAGAGAAAAUAUUCAGCGCAUAGUAGAAGAAACUCUCUCUGCCAGUAGAAUCUCUCCAAGGGACCUCUCAGCAAUUGCAACUACCAUCAAACCAGGACUGGCUCUAAGCCUGGGAGUUGGCUUGUCCUUUAGCUUGCAGCUAGUGAAUCAGUUUAAAAAGCCGUUCAUCCCAGUUCAUCACAUGGAGGCUCACGCACUGACUAUUAGGCUCACCAAUAAAGUAGAAUUUCCUUUUUUAGUUCUUUUGAUUUCUGGAGGUCACUGCCUGUUGGCAUUAGUGAGAGGUGUUUCAGAUUUCCUGCUCCUUGGGAAGUCACUGGACAUAGCACCAGGCGACAUGCUGGACAAGGUGGCAAGAAGACUUUCUUUACUCAAACAUCCAGAAUGUUCUACAAUGAGUGGUGGGAAAGCAAUAGAACAUUUGGCCAAAGAAGGAAAUAGAUUCCAUUUUCCUAUCAAUCCGCCCAUGCAGAAAGCUAAGAAUUGCGAUUUUUCUUUUACGGGACUUCAACAUGUUACCGAUAAGCUAAUAACACACAAGGAAAAAGAAGAAGGCAUUGAGAAGGGGCAGAUCCUGUCAUCAGCUGCGGACAUUGCUGCUGCGGUACAACAUGCAACAGCGUGCCACCUUGCAAAAAGAACACAUCGUGCUAUUCUGUUUUGCAAGCAGAAAAAUUUGUUAUCUCCAGCUAAUGCAGUAUUAGUUGUAUCUGGAGGUGUUGCAAGUAACUUGUACAUCCGAAAAGCACUGGAAAUUGUAGCAGAUGCAGCACAGUGCACUCUGUUGUGUCCCCCUCCAAGACUGUGCACUGACAAUGGCAUCAUGAUUGCAUGGAAUGGAAUUGAAAGAUUACGUGCUGGCUUGGGCAUUUUACAUGAUGUAGAAGACAUCCGAUAUGAACCAAAAUGUCCUCUUGGAGUAGACAUAUCCAGAGAAGUUGCAGAAGCUGCCAUAAAAGUACCGCGAUUAAAAAUGGCACUUUGAUUUGUGAUUUUAAAGCUCUCUACAGAGGAUCCCAGCACCCACAUGGCAGCUUACAACUGUCCAUAACUCCAGUUCCAGGCAAUAACUGAUAUGCAGUUCAAUUCCAUAUGAAACUCUGGGAGGAAAUUCUAUUCAGUAUUAACAUAAAUAACUUCCAUUCGAACAACACAGAUUCCCUCCCCUGAAGAUGCUGUGUAUUUUACCAUAAUAAACAAUAUCUGCUUUGAGAAAAACAA